AUGGACAAGCUAGCUAGUGUGUUUUCGGUUUUAAGGCUUGGCAAUAUUAAAUGCUGUUGUCGAUCCGUAGCAGUUGAGUCUCGAAAACCUGUUUUCUCUGUAUAUGUCAAAACGCAUUUUAACGAGGUGAAGAGCAAGCAUCCAAUUAUGAAGGCAACUGAAAUAAUGAAGAAGCUCAGCGAAAUGUACAGGGUUGCUUCUCCUUCCGAGUUGGCCAAGUUGGCGCUGAGUGCUUCCACGAUUAGACUAAAGACUGAAGAGGAGAGGUUGGAGAGUCGGAAAAAGUUGUUGUUUGCGAGGAAGCAUGGUCUGCCGAAACCGCCGCCAACUACAGGAUACCACGUCUACCUUCACGAACAGCUCUCUGGCAACAAGGUAGCCAUGGGAUCAGCUCCCCAAGCCAUGACUUCGAAGCUCUCUGCUGCCUCGAAAUCCUGGAUCAAUCUUUCAGAGCGUAACAAAGAGGCCUACAUUAACCGAGCACUGGAGAAUCGGCUGGCUCACCUGCGAGAUCUAAAGGCCUGGUCAGAGAGUAAUGGAAUCCCGUUUUCGAAACGCACUACUGUCCUUGCCAGUCGUUUCUACGCUAAGCAUCAUCGGAAAGAUGCUACCGACAAGACUGUCGCCGUUAAAGCAUCCCAGAAGUAA